UGGAACUGAGACGAGGAAGCCAGAAAUAAGGGGAGAAGUAUCAAAAUUUUCAAAAAUAAACGACCAAUAUUCAUUCACCAACAAAUCAUACACAUAUCUUAUCAAAAAAUACACAAAGUAAAUCGUGCGACUGACAAUUUUUUUGACCAAGUUGAGAUUUCCAAAAAAAAGUUUUCACAAUUUUGUGUCUGCCUUUGAGUAAACUGAACCUUAAGGAUUUUGGCUUAAAAAGAAAACUAAUUAGUAAAAAAAGACGGUAUCUUUUUCCGGCAGGGGAAAAGAUUUAGUGGAUUUGGAGAAAGUUUAAGAAACGAGACGACAAAAGGAGGAAACGAGUACGAGACCAGGAGGAUUUUAUUUCGGGGUUAUCUGCAACUUUGAGACGGGAAUAAAUUCAAGGAAUCAACAUGCAUCUUAUACCAGCCAUGGUAUCCUUCCUUGCUUUGGUGGUGGCUGCGUGCGUCCUUCUCGUGGACGUGGACGCGGCGCCACAACAGCACACGUACGACACCUUCAUCAAGACGAACUUGUCGCGAAAUCAUCACCCGUCUCGUCACAACAAUAUGAACGACCAUCCCGACCACGCCCACCGGACGGGCCCCCAUCGCCACAUGAGCUCCACCGUCAUGACCACCACCGGAGCGUUGCGCGGCCUCAAGAAGACCGUUUUGGAGAAAGAUGUCCAUCUCUUUUAUGGCGUCCCCUUCGCCAAACCGCCCCUGGGACCAUUGCGUUUCAAAAAGCCUGUCCCAAUCGAGCCCUGGAACGGGACCCUGAACGCGAUUCACCAACCUGACACCUGCUACCAAGAAGUGUUCGUGGCCUUUCCCGGCUUCCGCGGCGAGGUCACCUGGACCCCAAACACCAACAUUUCCGAAAACUGCUUGUACAUGAACAUCUGGGCGCCUAAGCAUCCCGCCAAAAAACACGGGGACCCGAACAAGCGGAAGAUGCCCAUCCUGGUCUGGAUUUAUGGGGGAGGCUACGUCUCCGGAACGGCCACCUUGGACAUUUACAACGCCGACAUUCUGGCCGCCGAAAACAACGUCAUCGUCGUCGUCCCGCAGUAUCGCGUCGGGGCCUUCGGGUUCCUCUACUUUGGACAAGAGGAGGCGCCAGGAAACAUGGGGCUUUACGACCAGACCGUGGCCAUGCAGUGGAUUAAAGAUAAUGCCGCCAGCUUUGGAGGAGAUCCCAACUCAAUCACCGUUUUCGGAGAGAGUGCAGGCGGUAGUUCCGUAACGAUUCAUCUCCUCUCGCCCAUCUCGCGACACCUGAUUGACCGCGGGAUAAUCCAAAGCGGUACGAUCAACGCUCCGUGGUCGAUGCACACGGGAGAAAAGGCGCGUCAAAUCGCGGAAAAAUUAGUGGAAGAUUGCAACUGCACGAAUCCCGAUGGAAGUUCGAUGAACACCGUGCAAAAAAUAGAAUGUCUCCGCGACCUUCCGGCCGCCGUGAUUUCGAAAACGCAGUGGAACAGUUACGCCAAGAUUUUGCAGUUUUUCUCGGCUCCCACGAUCGACGGGGAAUUCAUUCCGCGCGACCCCAUGGAAAUGUUGGCGAAAGGUGACUUCAAAAAAGUCCCCUUGCUCAUCGGGUCAAAUCAUGAUGAAGGAACCUACUUCAUCUUGUACGACUUUAUCGAGCAGUUCACCAAAGAGGGUCCGAACUGCAUGGACAAUAAACUCUUUCUCGACACCGUCAGCGACGUCUUCAAAAACUUGACGAACGCUCAACAAGCAGCAAUCAGAUUUCAGUACACCCACUGGGAGGACGUGGAGGACCCGUGCAAAAUCAGGGACAAGUUCAACGAGUUUGUCGCCGACUACUACUUCAUCUGCCCCACCAACCGAUUCGCCGAAUCCUACGCCGAACAUGGAGCCCCCGUCUAUUACUACUUCUUCACACAGAGGACAAGCAGCAAUCCGUGGGGCGAUUGGAUGGGUGUCAUGCACGCGGAUGAGAUCGAGUACGUCUUCGGCUUCCCCUUGGGCAAGUCCACAGACCCGGAACACACGUGGACCACCAGGGAAAAAGAACUGUCCAAGAGGAUCAUGAAAUAUUUCACACAUUUCGCCGACACCGGUGGUGGUGGUGGUGCUGAAUUUGUGGCUGUUGCCCCCUCGCCUCCUCCUCCCCCUGAGCCCGACCAGCACUUUGUCUCCACCUCGACGACCUCGCCGACGACGACGACCAGUUUCUUGGGCGGCGGAGGUGACGACCACUCGGUCAACUCGGUCACGUCGCCAAACAUCCAGCACUUUCUGGAACAGUGGAAACCCGUUGACGACCCGACUGAGCCGUGGCCACUUUACACGAAGGCGCAACCCAACUACUUUAUCUUGAAUGCGGACACUCGCGGAACCGGGAAAGGACCCCGCGCGCACACGUGCGCAUUUUGGAACGAAUUCUUACCACACAUCGCGCCUGUGCCGGGCGACUGUCGAAAAUUGUACGGAGAAAUCAGUGGAGCAUCGCGGUCACUUCUUUUCGGGGGGAAUAAGUCGUCAUCCUCGUCCCUCCUCCUCCUCGUCAUGGCCACCCUGUCCGUCUCCAUGAUCCUCUCAGGAACGUCGACAAGCACACUUUUUCAGAACAAGCAUGCACCCAGUUCGAAGUAGCUCCGGCAUUUACGAGUAUUUAUGUAGCGAUGAUAAGUAAAUGAUGAUAAGUGAGGGUAAAAUAUUAAAUAUUUACCAUGUAAAAAUUUUAGGGAGAUAUAUUUGCAUUAGAAUUCUGAUAUUCUUCGUACCAGUGGCCGCGGAAGGAUGGGACAGAGGGACAAUGUCUCCAUCUUAGAUAAACCAGCCCCUUCUUCCCUAUCAUACAAUAUUAAUGUCCCCGCACGCCUUCCGCGGCCACUGCAUAUUAUUAAACGCCAGCGAAAUAUUUACCAUGUAAAAACUUUGUGGUAGUUUUUAGCCCGAUAUUUGCAUUAGAACUCUGGUAUUCUUCUUACCAGUGGCCGCGGAAGGGUGGGGACCGGGGAUAAUGUCCCUAUCAUGUUAAAUAAACCACUCCCAUGCCCUAUCCUACAAUGUUAAUAUCCCCGCACAGCUUCCGCGGCCACUGCUUAUUACUAAACGCAAGUGGUGAUGAUCAUGAUACAUACGAUUCUCAUUUGUUGUUACAUUACAUAAUUCAGGUUAUUUACUGCCAAGUAGAAAGAGAGAGAAAUCUGGUAUGAUUUGUUAAUACCAAUUAAUUAAUAUACCUCCAGGUAGUUUAGUUGGUAGUGUCAAGUAAAUUAUGUAAAUAAUUAAUUAAUUAAUCAUUAAUUAAUGUUAAAAUUCUUCACUUCUUCUCACUUGAUGACCUACAACCUUUGAAGCUUCUUGGAACCUGAGACAUAUCCUUGUAAUCAUUAUUAUCAUAUAUGUAAAUGCACCAUGUCCUCCAUUCACAAAGUAAAGUCAGCAAUUAAUUAAUUCACUAAUUAAUUAACAAUUAAACAAUUAAGAAUUUAAAUGUGGGUAUUUAAAUAUUUAUAAUCGGCUGGUGGGAAAGGAGAGGGCCACAGAAAAAUAAGAUACUAAUUAUUAUGUAAAUAAUCACCUCAUAAAGCUGCCUUUAUACUUGACUCGUUUGCGCCAAUGUUAAAGAUAUAACAUUGGCGCAAGUCGGGUAGGCAUAAAGGGAGCCAAAUCAACUUUCACUCCAACUUUCACCAGACAUCACACGCAACAUAUCAAAAAGAACAAUCCUGUGUAAAGAAAAAAUAGGGUAAAAUGUGUACAUAUAUUUUAUUCCGGAUUAUUAAUCUCACAAAAAAAUUCUGGUCUGGGCUCACUCACUUUCACUUUUUCGAGGCAUUUAACAUAACGAUUAACGAUACAAAUAUUUUGAUUAGUUAGAAAAAAUAUUUAAUUUGUGUACGUUCAUAGUUAAAUAAGCAAAAAUUAAGUUAAGGCACCUGUAAAAAAGUGGUUAAUUAAUUAAUUGUGGCAGUUUAAAAAGUCAUAAAUAAAUAUGACAUCAGUCAGAUAUCGGAUCAGUAUUAGCUGUUGUACAUUGCAAAAUUGAGCAAAUUAACCAUUUACAUAUGUAUUUCUUAGGGAAAAAGUGUAUAUUGGUAAAAAGUGUGUAAAAAGUAAUUAAUUGUUAGAAUAAUAAUUAGUUAAUUAAUGAUUUCAGUUAAUUAUUAUUACUGCACCCUGUACGAAUUUCAUGAAUUGUAUGACACAUGUAAACCAACUACGGGUAGUAGUAGUUCAUCUCAUGUCAUAUGGAAUUUCUUAAAAUUAUGAAUAUUUCCAGAAAAAAAUACCACAUUUUAAUCACUAAAUAAUUAACUAACUAAUGAUGAUGCUGUACUGUAUAAUAAUAUGUAUGUAACAAUAAUUUAUAACACGUUUGCAAAAUUGAUCACUCAAGGACGUAUUAUUAAUUAAUUACAAUUACAAUUACCGGUGUGUGUAUUAAUGUAAAUAUUUAGCAAAUUAGCAGUUUGUAUACCAGUUUGUAGCUGAAUUUGAAAAAAAA